UACGACAAUCUAUACAAAGAAAGUCACCAUUUUCUUGAUGUCUUACUGCUUUAUGAGCUCCACUCUCCCACUUCCACUCCCACUCCAGUCUGAUUGAUCCACAACAUCUGAGUUUCGGCUAUGGUUGCUUCCUUGCCGGGUCAACUCGUUUCCCUCUUAGAGAACGGGCAGCAUCACGUGUGGGAGGACCAGUCGAUCAUCAAAUGGCGGAAGAAAGACGCCCAUGUCCCUUUACGCUGCCAUGAAUCAGUUGAAGGGUCUCUGAAAUAUUGGUAUGAACGCAACAAAGUGAAUUUUCUGGUAUCCGACUCUGCUGUUUGGAAUGAUGAUGCUGUUCUUGAAGCUCUUGACAGUGCGGCUCUUUGGGUCAAGGGCUUGCCUUUUGUCAAGUCCUUGUCAGGCUUUUGGAAAUUCUUCUUGGCUUCCAGUCCUAAAAAUGUUCCCGUAAAUUUUUAUGACUUUGCAUUUCCUGAUAUUCAGUGGGAAACUUUGCCUGGUAAAACAAAUUGGCACUUGCAUGGAUUUGAUCGGCCUAUUUAUACAAACGUUGUUUAUCCAUUUCCACUGGAUCCACCUUUUGUCCCUGCGGACAAUCCUACCGGCUGUUAUAGGACAUACUUUGACAUUCCUAAAGAAUGGAAUGGUCGCAGGAUUUUGCACUUCGAAGCUGUUGAUUCUGCUUUCUGCACGUGGGUGAAUGGGAUUCCGAUAGGAUACACUCAGGACAGCAGACUUCCUGCUGAAUUUGAAAUCACCGACUAUAUUUACCCAUCCAGUACAGACAAAAAUGUAUUAGCUGUUCAAGUUUUCAGAUGGAGUGAUGGCUCUUACCUUGAAGAUCAAGAUCAUUGGUGGUUAUCUGGCAUUCAUCGUGAUGUGCUUCUCCUUUCCAAGCCACAGGUAUUCAUUGCAGACUAUUUUUUCAAAUCAACUCUGGCCGAGGACUUUUCUUAUGCAGACAUACAGGUUGAUGUGAAAAUAGAUAACUCCAGAGAAACAUCUAAAGAUAGUAUUCUUUCCAACUACACAAAAGAAGCUUCAUUAUUUGACAUGGCUAGCUGGUACAGUAGUGAUGGAUUUGCUGAUCUGGCCUCAUCUAAUGUGGCUAGUUUAAAGCUUAAUCCCUCACCUAGCACACGCCUUGGAUUUCAUGGUUAUUGGCUGGAAGGGAGACUGGAAAAGCCGAGGCUUUGGUCUGCUGAACAGCCAAAUCUGUACGCUCUUGCUGUUAUAUUGAAAGAUGCAUCUGGCAACCUUGUGGACUGUGAAUCAUGCCUUGUAGGCAUACGACAAGUAUCCAGAGCCCCCAAACAGCUGCUUGUUAAUGGGCAUCCAAUAAUAAUAAGGGGUGUAAACAGGCAUGAGCAUCAUCCACGUCUGGGGAAGACAAACAUAGAAUCCUGCAUGGUUAAGGAUUUGGUUUUAAUGAAGCUAAUGAAGCAACACAAUUUCAAUGCUGUGAGAAACAGUCAUUAUCCCCAACAUCCCCGUUGGUAUGAGCUUUGUGAUUUGUAUGGCAUGUACAUGAUAGAUGAAGCCAACAUUGAGACCCAUGGUUUUGAUCUUUCUGGGCAUGUGAAGCAUCCUACUUUAGAACCAAGCUGGGCUACUGCAAUGAUGGACCGUGUGAUAGGCAUGGUUAAGAGAGACAAAAAUCAUGCUUGCAUUAUCUCUUUUUCCUUAGGAAAUGAAGCUGGAUAUGGACCUAAUCAUUCUGCUUCAGCUGGUAACCGUUUUCCUUAAACAUCCAUAUUUAGGUUGAGCCCCAAAGGAACCCAUAUAGAGAAUGUUAUUGCUUCUUACUUGUUCAAGAUUUUUAUAUUCUGCAUUAACUGGUAACUUAAAAUUCUAGUAAACUUAUUAUAUCCACAAAACGAUUUUCAAAUGAUUCUUUCGAUGCAGAUUGAAGAUAGGCUAUCGGGAAUCACAAUGUGGAUUUAAUACGUUUACCUUGAAAUAGUGAUGAUGAACUUGCGUUCAAUAAUUUUGUAAAUAAGGAUGUAAUAGCAAUCAUUUGGGAAGGGGGUUUACACUAGGGAAUAUUUUGUCGAAAGAAAGAAGCAUGAACUAGAAUUUUGAAUACUUCAUGAAGUAUUAAAAUUCUAUUGAAAGUUGGGUAAGUCAAUGAGGAUCACUUUGUCUAUAAUUUGGGUUACAUUCACCUCUCCCAGACC